CCCCCUCUCCCCUCUCCUCUCCUCUGAGUCUCCCACCCGCUCUCCCCUCUCCUCUCCUGAGUCUCCCACCCCCUCUCCCCUCUCCUCCCCUCUCCUCUCCUCUCCCCUCCUGCCUCUGUCUCUGUCUUGCUCCAUGCGAUCGUCCCCUCUGGGGUUUCCCCAGCCCCUCCUCACUGCAGCCGGAAGGAAGGACUGACUGUGCUGGGAAAGGCCACGGGGUCUCCACUUCUCCCUUUUGUGGCCUCUUCCCCCUGCCUCCACCUCAGAGCCUUCCGCACCCUUGGCCAGGGUGGCCAGCAACGGGACUAGCGGAUCUGCUGCCCCUGCUUGACUCCCCUCGGCCCCACGAACCUGCCAGUGAGUCCAACCCAGAGAAAGGGAAGGGGGGAGCUUGGCAGGUCUGCGUGCCCCGCCUUCCCAAGGGGCCCCUUGCCCAGCGUCUGGAAGUGGAGCCCACAGGAGUCAUGGCCCCAAGACUUCUCCUGGCCCUGGCCCUCUGGGCUGGCUGCUCCCCCUGCAGUGGGAGAGAAGCCCCCACCCAGUCCAGGGUGUGGUGCUGGGCCUUUAGGUACCCGAUGGCCGUAGAUUGCUUCUGGACCCUGCCACCGGCUGCAAACUCCACCAGGCCCACAGCCUUCAUCGCCACAUACAGGCUGGGAGUGGCCGCCCACGGGGAGAGCCAGCCCUGCCUCCAGCCCACCCCAGAGGCCACCAGCUGCACCAUCCCGGACGUCCAGAUGUUCUCCAUGGUGCCCUACAUGCUGAACCUCACCGCUGUCCACCCCGGGGGCAGCAGCAGCAGCUUCCUGACCUUUGUCCCAGAGCACAUCAUCAAACCAGACCCUCCAGAAGGCGUGCACCUGAGACCCCUCCAUGGGCAGGGGCUGAGGGUGCAGUGGGAACCUCCCAGGACCUGGCCCUUCCCGGAGAUCUUCUCACUCAAGUACUGGAUCCGCUACAAGCGUCAAGGAGCCGCCCGCUUUCGCCAGGUGGGGCCCAUCGAAGCCACGUCCUUCACCCUCAGGGCUGUGAGGCCCCACGCCCGGUACUGCGUCCAGGUGGCCGCCCGGGACCUCACUGACUACGGGCAGCCAAGCCACUGGAGUCUCCCUGCCACGGCCUCGGGGCCGCUGGGCCAGUAGCA